GAGCAAGGGGUGGAGAUGGAUGACGAGAAGGCUGCAAUUAUAGCUUUUGAACAUUUUGUUGGAAUUCGGAGAAUGUCCUUUCUCCCGGAAGAACUAUGGCGGCGAAUUCUAGAAAUCGGAAUCGAAAGCAGCGGUUUCAGCUACAAGGAUCUCUGCUGCGUCUCCAUCUCAUGCCGCCGCCUGCACCGCCUCUCCUCCGAGGAUCUUCUUUGGAACCGCCUUCUCUCCGCCGACUAUCCUCAACCCCAUCCUUCUUCUUCCACUUCUUCUAAAUCUCUAUAUAAAUUAAGGUUUGAGAGGGACAAGGAGAGGAGAAUAGCUGCUCAUAGGAGGGCUGUGUUGAGAAAAGAGAGCCAGAUUGCGGAACAUUCUAGAAAACUCAGAGAAAUUCAGACACGUGUUGCUCAAGAAACCGCCACAGCCACACAAACUGCUCAAGACUUGUCCAAUUUGCGUAGGGCCAGACAAGCCUUUGUAGCUUUGAAUGUGUGGCAACCGGAGGUUGUCCGAAGUAGGCAAAAACAAAUGGUUGAGCAGAGUGCUGUCCCUGCUGAAUGUCGGAUACACGCUCUUGAGAUGGAACUAAAGCUUUGUAAGCAACAGAUUGCAGGGUUGGAGCUGUUCUAUAAAGAUGAAAAGCGCAGGCUUGAUACUGCAAAAGAAGAGUUGGCGUCUAUGAAGUAUCACCCUAUGGAGGAGCGUAAGACCAUAAGCCAAAGGGAUAAUAAGCAUGUCAAGCGGAAAAAGCUGAAAAUAUGCAAUAGCUGAAAACAUUGCAUCGGUUGAGGUGUUGAUGAAAUUUGCUCAUCCUUCUUCCAUUGAAACUUGGAAAUUGUUCCGUCCAUGAAGACUGACUGUGCAAAUUCUGUGAUUACUGUACGGAGAAUGUAUUAGCAAUACGUAGUGAAAGCCUGAGGGUAUCAAAGUUAAAUCAUUAUGUGUAACUUGAGUUCAGAUGACCCCUUGUUCAUUCGAUUGUAGCCUUUUGACUUGUGGAAACCUUUUAAGUUUGAGGAAAGCUUGAUCAAAGGAUGGAGUGUAUCAUAUGCAGAUCAAUAAGUACUAUUAAUGAAGUAUCUAAAUUUAAAAAAUAAAA